AUGGAAUCACCAUCUUCUGAUUGUGCUACAUUAGGUCAUCUUCACGUUUAUCCAUCUAGCGUAUGUUUGAGUAUAUCGCCAACCCACUCAUCAUCAUCAUCAUCAUCAUCCGAAGCAUCAUCAUCAUCAUCAUCCGAAGCAUCAUCAUCAUCAUCCGAAGCAUCAUCAUCAUCAUCAUCCGAAGCAUCAUCAUCAUCAUCAUCAUCAUCACUGCUCCGCAGUUUACUUUUGUUUAGCUACAGAGAGUGGAUCACUCUUUGUCAAGUGGAACUAACAUACAUACUGUGUACAGUCUUCCUCUCCACUUCAUUUAUCUCACUCUGUUUCUGCACCAUUAUUCAUUUGCAUUUUCAAUCACUUUUCACAGUUAUCAUCCGAUCAGAAGAAAGUCGAUGUUGGGCGGCAUGCAUAUCACAUUGUUAG